AUUCAUGAAUCUAUACUACACCGCUUAGAAAUGGGAACAAUUCACACAUAAAACGUUAACACUUCAAUUAAGUUCAUUAUACACAUACAUAAAAAAAAAAAAAAAAAAAACGUUAAAAUGGCUUUUCAUUUUAUAUCAACCAUGGAAAAACCGAUGCAGCACGUCUCGGUGUUCGAUUGGCAAAGUCGGCUUGAUCGUCUCCGAAAUGUUGCAAAUGCCCGACGUGCUGAUGCCUUUGCCGACCGUAAUUUAUCCAGGGUGCUACGCAAUGAGUCGCGUAUUGAGGGCGAAUGGGCCAACUACGCAUCGAAUCAUGCAUUGGAUUUACGCAUUUUUGAGAUUAAGACAUGGCAUGAGUUAAUCACCAAAUCGUUUGAUCGCAUGGUGAAGGAAGUCGAUCUGCUGGUAAAGGAAAGGGCGGCAGCAGAGACAGACUUGGAGUGGCAGGCUGGUCCUGUAGCUGUCAUCAGAGAGUUGUUGUUCAUCCGCGAUGAUCGCAACGAAUCAGAGCUAUCAGCCGAUUCCGUCAGCACAGAGCUACAUAAUCAAUUUUUUAUAUUAGAGAACAAUCAUCAGUUGCUGGCAAGGCUCAUCCAAACCGCAUGGGAAAAGCUGGCGCGUCUUGACGUGGUGCGCUUCAAGGUGGAGCAAGAGCUGAAGAAUAAAAUGGAAACCGUUGAAAUUGACACAGCACAGCGGUCUCUGACUUGCAAGUCGAACGCUAUUUCCUUCAAGCUGGACGCCUUGCGGGACCCCAAAGAGUCCCGUUCCUAUGAGAAUUGGCUGGAGUCUACUAAAAAUUUAAAGCAAAUGGUAGAUAAUGAAGUAGAAGAAACAGUCGGCAUACGGGAAUCACUUAACGUGUGUCGCAACAAGGCUCUCAGCAUUUUGAAAGGCCAGGACCAGUAUACGGAAUUCUAUAUACGUAAUCGUAUUUUUCAAACCCAACAGGCUUACAACGAGCUCAAUUGGCAGCGCUCGAAAUUGGUAGAAGACAUUAGGGCAUUAACGUGCGAGAUACAAGAUAUGGAGGAUGCGUUGCUUGAAAAUACAAACGCGCUGAAGUUGGCCGAGACACGUUUGGAAAAUCGUAACCAGCGCAACAUCACAGAACUAUGUUUAGACGAAGCAUACGAUUCCCUAUGUCUGGAGGCUGAAAAAUUAAGGGAGAUCCGGCGUUGUCUUAUGAGAAAGCUCGAUGAAUCAAAAGCCAAUUUGAAUCUGAUAUCAGAUCAUACAAAUAAGAUCGACCUUGAUAUCGGUAAAAAGGAGCACAGUAUUAUGAUUGACACAAAGGCACUCGAGGUGUGCAGAGCCUUCAAGGUAAAGGAUGGUGGCAUUCCCGAGCACAAUCCAUUUGCCCAAACAGAUUUAAACAUUGAACUGACACACGCAGAGGACAUUACAGAAAAGAACUGAGCAGCUCACUAAGUGUUUUCCAUUUAUUCUACUUAUCAAUAAAAUACCGGCAUAAAUAAA